AUGGGCUGGUUUUGGGGAGGGAAAAGCAACCAAAAUGAUCCUGCAAAAGACCUCGACGACGACUUGAAGCAAUUCUUGAAGGAGCAACAACCCCGGCCCUAUGUCCCAGCCGAAGCUCCUAUAGAACCGCUGCAGCCUUCAGAGAAGCUCAGCCCUACUGUGAAGCCGUCCGAACAGAUUAUCCCGGAUACGAUACCAACUGCAGAAGAGAGACCAUUGCCAAAAGAAUCGCUGUUUCAAGAUGGCCGAUACAAACACAUCUGGAAGACCUAUAUUCCCCAAGAUGAGAUCACUGCAGCUACAUCUACGCCUGUGGAAAGAGUGCUUUCAGCAAGAAAAGACAGAAACCAGUCCAUACACAAAGCCGCACUGGAGAACUGCGCAUUCGAGGAGGAAAUGCAACAAAUCUGCUUCAAAGGCGGCAAUUUGACCGACAGAUUGCGCGGGAGAAUGACCAUGUGUCAUGAAGAGACAAAGGCAUUCAAUCGCUGUUAUACCCUGCAAGCCAAAUUUCUGCAGGCUUUGGGAUAUAUGACGAGCGCAACCAGUUCGGCUGAGGACGAGGAAAAAAUUCAAAUGCACGCCGAUAAGUUGUAUCACAGAAUGAUGGACUAUGAGGCUGAGGUAGACGAGGCAAAACGAAACAACCAGCCCAUUCCACCGCUAUCAUCGCUGUUCAACCCCAAUCGACCCGCCCCAACACUGGAGCAAAUGGCGCUACCGAAAGCCAUGGAGGACAAGAUGAAGAAGCCCCUACACGAAUAUCCACCUCAUGAGCGAGAGCUAGCUGCAAGAGCUGCCCUGCAAGAAGCCAAGUUGACAGACUUGUACGCCGAAGAUCUCUUUAAGUAUAGCGUCACGAUGAACGAGGACCGGAAAAAUCGACAGGCGUUUCUUACGAGAGUGUUCGGUGAAGUCAUUGGGAAAUUUCUGAUCCCUGAUCCUCCCAAAGAUCCAAAUAUUAAGCCUUAUAGUCUCCAACAACUGGAGCGGGAUAUCUGGCAGGAAGAAAACGCGUCGUCGACAUCACCGCAAGCGCAGAAGCAGGAAUCUAUCGACAUGAGAAAACGGGGCUGA